AUGGAACAGCUGGAGAAGACUAUUCUAACUGCCCUAGGGAAGAGCGACUCACCGGGUCCAACAGAUAAAGAAAAACAAGCACUGGGUCCGAAGAAUGGUGGUCCGAUGGGAAUCAAAAUCCUCAACUCCAGAUUACUAACUCAGAAGGAAACCAAGGGAACCAACCCAACUGGCCCGGAAGGAAUCAAGAGGGACAGGGCAACUGGAAUCAAGGAGCACAAGGGAAGCUCAUAUGUACCCCCACACCAGAGGAACAACAACUAUCAGGGACCAGGGAAUCAGUACAACAAUAACCAAGGAGGUCAAGGAAACUUUCGCCCGCCUCAAGGGGGUGGACCAAAUCAUAGUCAAGGGCCAAGUGGCAGUCAACCGAACUCUCGGACCCAGAGGAAUCUGGAUGAUAUGGUUCAUGACCUAGUGAGUUCUCAACAGCACAUGCAAAACAACUUGCUGGCAAAUAAUGACGUGGUCCACAAGCUCCAGGAUGCUCAGCAGGAACACAAGGCCGCGAUGGAUCUAAUGUCGAAGCAAUUAUCUCAGAUCGCAACGUCCCUGAGCGACAUGCGAGGAAAUGAAGGAAGGAUUCCAGCCUCAGUAAAGCCACCAGAAAAGGCAAAUAUCAGCCAAGUUACCCUGAGAUCCGGGAAAGCAUAUGAAGGACCCAAGCUGAAGGAAAAUGAUGAAAUGCCAGUACCGAUGAGCGAAGAUGAUAUCCACCCGGUCCAGCAAAAAGAAGAAAAACUGAAAAAGAGAAAGGAGAGGCGGAAGAGCCCUCUAAGGAAGAUCCGACCAACGCAGCAAAGAGGAUUAAAACCUUUCCCCUACCGAGGGGAUGCCAAGAAGAAAAAGGACAACCCCGUGGAUUUCAUGGAGAUCUUUGGGAAGCUGGAGAUCAAUCUCCCGUUCCUGGAGGCUAUGAAGCUCCCCCCGUUCAGCAAAUUCAUUAAGAAGUUCAUUGCGGGAAAGGCAAAAUCCGAUGGAAAGAUCGUGAUCGGGGAGAAUGUAUCUGCAGUAAUUCAAAAGAGGAUAAUGUCGUCGAAGCAAACUGACCCAGGUAUGUUUACCUUACCUAUCACUAUAGGAGGUGUCAGAGUCGAGCAUGCUAUGUGUGAUCUAGGUGCAUCUAUUAAUGUGUUACCGCUUUCCAUAUAUAAAAAACUGGUAGGAGCAAGAAUGACUGAUACGAACGUGGUGAUCCAGUUAGCUGAUAGAUCAUGCAUUAGCCCUGAAGGAGUGUUAGAAAAUUUGAUAGUUCAAGUUCAUGAUUUUCUAUACCCUGCCGAUUUCCAUGUGAUUGACAACGAAACUGCUGAGUCCAGUGGCGUACUUUUGGGAAGACCAUUUUUGAGGACCACUAAGACUAUAAUUGACGUUUUUGAUGGCACCAUCUGUUUAGAUUAUAAUGGGGAGAAAUUCACUUUUAGUAUUGAUGAAGCUAUGAGGAAACCACUUGACAUGGAAAACCUCCAUUUUGUUGAUGUGAUUAACCCCCUGGUCCAGGAGUUUCUUGAGACCGAACUAUUGCAAGAACAGACUGAUACCUCGGAGAUGACCGAAUCCAUGAGGAAAGAAGUUGCAGGAUGGUGUGAAGUAGUUAUUAAGCAAGGGCUAUCUGAUGAGGAAAUCACAAAGGCAACAAUGGAUUUUUGUGGCAAGACAGGAUCCCCUGGGUCCAAAGGAUCAGUCCAACUGGCCAGUGUGGAAAAGUUUCCAGAGUUGGACGAGCGGGUCAAGAAAGGAAUGGAGAAGAAUCCGUUUCCACCUGAAGUACCCCCUCCAAAGAAAGAGUUGAAGAACCUUCCUCCGGGUCUGAAGUAUGCCUACUUGGGCGAAGGUGAAUCUCUACCUGUCAUAAUCAACAACCUUCUGACCCAGGAGUAG